AUGUCUGGAGUUGGGUACUACUUUUAUGGAGCUGGGUACUACUUAUAUGGAGUUGGGUACUACUUGUAUGGAGUUGGGUACUACUUGUAUGGAGUUGGGUACCACUUGUAUGGAGUUGGGUACUACUUGUAUGGAGUUGGGUACCACUUGUAUGGAGUAGGGUACUACUUGUAUGGAGUUGGGUACUACUUGACUGGAGCUGGGUACCACUUGUAUGGAGUUGGGUACCACUUGUUUGGAGUAGGGUACUACUUGUAUGGAGUUGGGUACUACUUGACUGGAGCUGGGUACCACUUGUAUGGAGUUGGGUACUACUUGUAUGGAGUUGGGUACUACUUGGCUGGAGCUGGGUACCACUUAUAUGGAGUUGGGCACUAG